UUCUUCGUCUUUCUUUCUAGUUCCCGGAGAUAGCGACAGAGUGAGACGUCUGUGUCCACUCCUCCUCCGUUGUGUAACGGCUGGAAUGUGGAGCGACGAGUCGGUCCCCGCCCUUAAUUCUUUAAAUACCGACCACCGCGGUGAACCUUUAAAUGGGACAUAAACGGGGAUGCGCUGAAACAGCCCGACAUAUUUUUCGCAACGGGAACACGUUCACCGUUUAGUUUUGCUUGACGUCCAAUAUGGAGCUGGCCCGGCGGCUGUUGCUGGCCCACUGUGCGGCUCACGCCCUGUCGGUCGCGGCGGGCCUGCUGGUGGUCGUCCCCAUGGCUCUCAACGGUUCCGCCUUCAAAGGCCGCUGCGCACUGUUCUCAACCGGCUACUGGAGGACCGGGGACCGCGCCGAGCUGACGCGGGAGCCGGGAGACGUCUCCCGCCUGGUGGUGCAGCAGUGGGGCCCGCCGGCAGCCUGCCAGUUCGCCACCUUCGUCGGCAUUUUCACGGUGCUGUACGGUGCGGCGCAGGGCUGGAGGUGCCUCUUUUAUCUGCACGGACGACAUGACGACACCCUGUUUUCGUCCUUCCUGACGGUGCUGCUGAGUGUGUGUGUGCUCUUUCUGUCUGGAGGGGCCAGUGUCAUCUUGUCUCUGGGUCUGGUCUCGUGGUGUGAUACCGUGACUGAUGACAACACACGGCCAUACAGCUGUGCAGAGUCCCAGUCUGUUCCACUUUACCUGGAUGUGGACACCUCCUCCUUCUACACAGAACUCAGUCUGGCACAGGCGGCUCUGUGGUGUGUGACGGCUCUGUGGCUGGCUCAGUCCAUCCUGGCUUUCCUGCGGCUCUACCACUCCCACAGCCAGCACAUAAGCGGGCCUUGUCUUCCCCGAGAGAAGGAGCUGCUGCUGGGACACACUCCAUCUGACAGCAGCUCCCCCUUACCUCCACAUCCCCCAGCAACACCCACCAUCUUACUCUAACUGAGAGUGGUAGAGCCGCUCUAGAGUUCUUAGUAUUGCAUGUAGAAUAUGAAUGUUUCAAGUGUGGUUUAGGACAUAAUAUUAAAAGUAUCUUUAUAUUUUGAUAUAAUUCUGCAUCUUAUAUACGAGAGCCUGAU